AUGGGCACAACUGCUGUAUUUGAUCUUUUUUGUUACAAAAGGGAGAAGGAGAAGGUUGAGGAGGAGACGUGGAGAAAAAAGGCCAAAAACGCUGAAGAGAAAAUGGCCAGAGUUACCAAAGACUUGAAGAAAAGAGCUGAGGAUGACGCGAAGAUGGUUCAGGAGGCUCAGGAGAAGGCCGAGAAGGCCGAGACAGAAAAGAAGGAGAUAAAGAAAAGGGCUGAGAAGGCCGAGAAGCUACUGAGUGAGAUCGAGGAAGAGAGGGAAAGGCAGAGGCAGGAGCAGGAUAAUAUGGGGGUCAUAAGAGAUGCAUGCCUACCUAAUGGCGCGUCUUCCGAUGCCUAG